GGAUAUGUGACAGUGUGGCGAUCUGUCACACCAGGAUUCUCAACUAGGCAGGUUGAGGGGCUCCACAGGGUUGAUGUAUUGCAGAGGAAACUGGCUUUUCGGUUUCCGCAUUUAUUCCUUAAGUCCGUUUUGGGAUCUGGAGCCUGGAGAUUUCAAAGAGAUCUGGGAGGGAUGAAAUCUCCAAUCCUGGGACCAGGUUUUGGGAAUGGCCAGGACACUGAUUGCACAGGUGUGCAUGGCUCUUUCGUAGAGUCCGGACCAGGGUUCUGGGCUCCACCUCAGCAAGACAGGAGUCAGGAGGGCUCCACCCCGGCAGGCAGGAGGUCAAUGCCUUGAAGUCAGGUGGACCUAGGAGAGGUGG